AUGACGCGGCGAGCUAAGGAGCAACGUACGAUGCGUGUACAAGCGAAGCAGCAGCGGUUGGAGGAGAAUAUGCUGCGUGAAAAGCGCCUAAGCUCUCGUCCGACAUGGAUUCAGCUUCUAUUGGCGAUUGAUGGACCCUCCUUAACCACCAGUAGCAGUAGUCUGCACGGUUUUAUGAGUAAGAGCCCUAUCAAGUCGUCUAUUGUCAAUAAACUGCAGUGGAAGAGCUUGCAGGUGCCCAUUGCAGCCUCUGGUGGUUUUCAGCUACCAAUCAAGCUGGACGCAAGCAAGGGUGAACUUCUGUAUUCGUUCUCCACUAGAAAUUAUGAUGUUAACUUUGGCGUGCAAAUGAUCUCUGCUGAUGGGGAUUUGAUCGAAUUGCUGGGCACGCGACGCUAUGAAAGUCACAAGGAGCAGGUGCAGGGUCGAUUGAGUCUCACAGGUCCAGGGAUGGUGUUGUUGCUGUGGGACAAUUCCUUUUCGUGGGUCAACAGCAAACAAUUGGCGUACAACGUGGAACUUAAGCAGGAUACUUUGCCUAUGUCCGAUGCGAAGAGAAUGCAGCUGGCAUUAGAUGCGCGGUUGAAAAGAGAUCAGAAGCUACUGCAAUGUGAGGGAGAGUACGAUAAACUGGAAACGCAGGUGCAGACGGAAGCACAGACGAUCGAGCUCUUGCAUCACCAAAUUGAAGAGCUGCAGGCACAGCUAAGACAACAUGAGGAAUCUAAGGAGACUAUCAUGAAGAAGAAGGAUCAAGUAGGGGAACAGAUAGAUGAUCUCACUUGGGAACUGCAAGCACUCAGCUGGCGAUGCUUAGACCAAACGGUACUACAUCGCAUUCUGGAUUAUUUGGACCAAAAAGAUCUGUUUGCAUGGUUGCUGACAAACAAAAUGUGUUGCGAUUUUGCACGCGCGUAUCAAGCCAGAAAAAGCAGUGUCGAUUCAGAUGGAUGCGAUGUUGCGUGA